GAAGAGAGCCAUGCCGGCCGCGCAUGCGCACGGCUGCUUUGGCGUUGUCGGCGGUCGGUUCUCUCCUUAGAACUCGCGCGCCUGUCGGGCUCGGAGCCGGUUGCUCCGUCGUCAGGGAAACCGCAGUUUCUCUCUGGUUCCAAGCAUAACCCAAAGCAAGAUCUGUUUUCAUUAUCUGCCACAUCUGGGUUUUCUAAGUGUGUUGAGAAGAUGGUGAAUGUCCUGAAGGGUGUUCUUAUAGAAUGCGACCCAGCCAUGAAGCAGUUCCUGCUAUAUUUGGAUGAAUCAAAUGCCCUGGGGAAGAAGUUCAUCAUACAAGACCUGGAUGAAACGCAUGUUUUUGUGUUAGCUGAGUUGGUUAACUUCCUGCAGGAGAGAGUGGGCGAGUUAAUGGACCAGAACUCUUUUCCUAUUACACAAAAGUAAAAAGACUAGAAAGUGAAUUGACUAUUCCAAAAUUGCAAGCAACAUACAUGGAAUCAAAAGAGUUUUAUUGUUCAUUCUCUGCGUGACUGAUUAGGGAGUCUUAGAGAGAAGUGGUUAUUGUAACAAAAUGGAUUGUUUCCAUACACUAAAUACUUUUGAAUUGGCUUUGAUUUUUGCCAUUUUGAGAGAGACUUGAAAAGCAGGAUACCUUUCAGAGUUUGCUAGUCUAGAGGAUUUUCUGAUGCUUGGUAUAAAAAUACCAUAUUUGUUUUCCUUUAGCCUCCUCCAUUUCUUUUCUUGUCAAAUUACAUUAUCUUAAAAACAGAGGGUAACGGUGUCUUAUUUAUCAGCAUUUCCUUAGAAUAUCGUGUGUGUUUCACAUUCCUGCAGGUGAGAUUAGAGCAGGUUAUCGUAUAAUUGACUCUGAUUAAACCAUCUGUAUUAAAAUGUUACUUUGUGUGACUGAUGAAACACCCUAAGUAAGUUGAGUGCAUGAUGACAUGGAAUACUUAGCUUUUAUUUUUAAAAUAUUUGAUGCACCAAAAAUAAAUAAAAUGUUUUCCCCUCAGUUUGUUAAA